GAAGCUUCCUAAGCAGCGCAUCUGCCACUCUCGAAAUCCCCGCUCACUCAGCCUCCAUCCGCUCAGACCAACACCAUGUCGUGCCGCUCCUACAAGAUCAGCCAGGGAUGUGGGGUCACCAGGACCUUCAGCUCGUGCUCGGCUGUGGCCCCCAAAACUGGCAGCCGCUGCUGCAUCAGCGCUGCCCCCUACCGAGGGGUGUCCUGCUACCGGGGACUGACGGGCUUUGGCAGCCGCAGCGUCUCCGCCGCCCUGGGCUCCUGUGGGCCCCGCAUAGCAGUGGGCGGCUUCCGCGCUGGCUCCGGUGGCCGCAGCUUCGGGUACCGCUCCGGGGGCGUGUGCGGCCCCAGCCCGCCCUGUAUCACCACCGUGUCGGUCAAUGAGAGCCUCCUCACGCCCCUCAACUUGGAGAUCGACCCCAAUGCGCAGUGCGUGAAGCAUGAGGAGAAGGAGCAGAUCAAGAACCUCAACAGCAGGUUUGCUGCCUUCAUCGACAAGGUGCGCUUCCUGGAGCAGCAGAACAAGCUGCUGGAGACCAAGUGGCAGUUUUACCAGAACCAGCGCUGCUGUGAGAGCAACCUGGAGCCUCUGUUCAAUGGCUAUAUCGAGACGCUGAGGCGGGAGGCCGAGCACGUGGAGGCCGACAGCGGGAGGCUGGCCUCCGAGCUCAACCACGUGCAGGAGGUGCUGGAGGGCUACAAGAAGAAGUACGAAGAGGAAGUGGCUCUACGGGCUACGGCUGAGAACGAGUUCGUGGUUCUAAAGAAGGAUGUGGACUGCGCCUACCUGCGGAAGUCAGACCUGGAGGCCAACGUGGAGACCCUGGUAGAGGAGUCUAACUUCCUGAAGCGCCUCUAUGAUGAGGAGCUCCAGAUCCUCCAUGCCCACAUCUCAGACACCUCCGUCAUCGUCAAGAUGGACAACAGCCGGGACCUGAACAUGAAUUGUGUUGUCGCCGAGAUCAAGGCUCAGUACGACGAUGUUGCCAGCCGCAGUCGGGCUGAGGCUGAGUCCUGGUACCGCAGCAAGUGUGAGGAGAUGAAGGCCACGGUGGUCCGGCACGGGGAGACCCUGCGCCGCACCAAAGAGGAGAUCAACGAGCUGAACCGCAUGAUCCAGAGGCUGACGGCCGAGAUUGAAAAUGCCAAGUGCCAGCGGGCCAAACUGGAGGCUGCCGUGGCUGAAGCUGAGCAGCAGGGCGAGGCAGCUCUCAAUGAUGCCCGCUGCAAGCUGGCGGAGCUGGAGGCCGCCCUGCAGAAGGCCAAGCAGGACAUGGCCUGCCUGGUCAAGGAGUACCAGGAGGUGCUGAACUCCAAGCUGGGCCUGGACAUCGAGAUUGCCACCUACCGGCGCCUGCUGGAGGGCGAGGAGCACAGGCUGUGCGAAGGCGUGGGCUCCGUGAACGUCUGCGUCAGCAGCUCCCGCGGCGGAGUCAGCGGUGGAGGCCUCACCUAUAGCACCACCCCGGGCCGCCAGAUUACCUCUGGCCCCGUGGCCACCGGCGGCAGCGUCACGGUGAUGGCGCCCGACUCCUGCGCCCCCUGUCAGCCCCGCGCUUCCAGCUUCAGCUGCGGGAGCAGCCGGUCGGUUCGCUUUGCAUAGAGUCAGGAGGCCGCACCUGCGUCCCCCCAGCACAGAGUGGUGUGUGAAUGGAAAAGGUGUGCUUGCUUCCAGAAUCUUCCAUGUGUUCCCAUAAGGGAAAGACCCUUCGCUGCUCUCCGCCACCUUCUCAUGUUUUAGGGAGUUGUUUCCUGGUUCUCUUCCAGGCUUCAGUUAGCCAUUCCCGGCCCUGUCACUCAACUCUGAUUUGAUUUCUAAAUACCCGCGGCCAAUUUGUAUUAUUCACCAAGCUCUCUGGGACCCUACCAGUCAUCUGGAGCGGCUGGACAUCAUGGAAGCUUAGUCUUCCCCUGGCACAAGGAAUAAGCUUAACCAUCCAGCCAGGCCUCCCACAACCUGAUAAUCAGGAAGGAACCCCACCCUCCCCAGCAGCUCCCCUCUCCUGGCUGCGAAGGUCUUUGCAGGAAGGAAGCACUUGCCCCUUGGUCAUUUUUAUUUGUGUUUUGCUUGUCCCUCUGAAUGGCUGCCUUCUUCUGAGUUAACCUGUUCCAGCCAAAUGCCUCCUGUGACCUCCCAGUUGAGAGGCCCAUUAUGGGGAGAAUUCUUUUGACUUUGGACAGGUUUGUUAUUCAGUGCACCUUGACACAUUUCAAAGAAAACUCCAUGGUUGUUCCAGAUCGCCCCCUGCUGGUGCAAGAGGGAAUCUGUCCAAUGCGGAGGGGGUGGGAUGGAGAAGGUUAGGCCAUUUCCUGGGUCUCCCUCUUGUUAUGACUGUCUGUGGGUGCCUCGCCUUCUGGGUUGUCUCGAUCUGUGUUUCAAUAAAUGCUGCUGCGAUGCAAAG